CACUAUCGUUCCAGCGCCAUCAUUUCAUUUCAUCAUUAUUCAUAUCAUCUUCCUGAAGUAAAGUACUUAAUCUAGUCCUUAGGUUAUCAAAUAAAUUUGCUUCGCUUCCAUCUGUUUGCAUACGAUGGCAGUUACUCAAGAUAGAUAUCAGAAAGAUGCAGCUGAUCAAAAUUUUGAUUAUAUGUUCAAGAUCUUGAUUAUUGGCAACAGCAGUGUAGGGAAAACAUCCUUCUUAUUUCGAUAUGCAGAAGAUGCAUUCACUUCUGCUUUUGUCAGUACUGUGGGUAUUGAUUUCAAAGUAAAAACUGUUUUCAGGCAAGACAAAAGAGUGAAAUUACAAAUUUGGGAUACAGCUGGACAAGAACGCUAUAGGACUAUCACUACAGCAUAUUAUCGUGGAGCUAUGGGCUUCAUUCUUAUGUAUGAUGUUACAAAUGAAGAAUCAUUCAAUAGUGUUCGUGACUGGGUUACGCAAAUCAAAACAUAUUCAUGGGAUAAUGCCCAAGUAGUCCUCGUAGGGAACAAAUGUGAUAUGGAGGAUGAAAGGGUGGUGUCUACUGAACGAGGCAAACAACUUGCUGACCAGUUAGGAUUAGAGUUUUUUGAAACUUCUGCCAAAGAAAACCUGAAUGUGAAGAUAGUCUUUGAACGCUUAGUGGACAUAAUUUGUGACAAAAUGUCCGAAAGCCUCGACUCUGAUCCUGGUGUAGUCAGUGCAUCUAAAGGUACCAGACUGAAUGAACAUACUUCUCCUUCGAAUGCCAAUUGUCAAUGCUAACCUUUUUUAUGUAUGCAUCAACCUGUUGUCCUGAAAUGCUAUCUGACUGUUUCUGGCUCAAAUAUACAAGUUAUUUAAUAGAAUGUUACAACUUAAUUCGGUAAUAUUGAUCUUUGCCUAUGUUUUAUCAUAUUUUUAAUGCAUAGCAAAUAAACAUGCAACUUAUAUGUUUCACCAAAAGUGUAAUAUAUUAAAGCUUCUUAAAAUUCUUCAGUUUGCUUAAGAUGUUCUUAAUAUAUUUAUAUUGUACUACUUGCUAGUCAGCAUUUUAUAUGUGUAAUGACGUAUAUUUUGAUUUUGUUUGGCCUAAAGAAAUGAAUUUUGAUUGAAGUUAUGUAUCCCAUUUGAGAGGUACUGAUAAUGUAUCUCAAAACUAAUUAGCAUCACUUAAUAAUUUUUUUGGGGGGGACAGCUCUCAAAAGGAUUUGCACUAAAUCAUUUAUUUUUUCCAGAAGUAAUUCAUUCUCAAUUAUCUUAUUUUAAUGUAGUGUUUAAAAUAAAACUUUGCAUAGUUAUUUUGUUCAUUUUAAUUAUUAAAAAAAACUGACUGAACCUAUAUUAUCAAGGUUUGAUAAAAUGGAUUGGGUUCUAUUCAGCCAUUAAUUGUAUUAUAAAAGGCAUUGUUUCCUUAUAAAUAAGUUAAGGUACUUUCAAAGUAUUAAGAAGCUUAGAUUGGAAUUAUUAAGAAGUUACUUUAUUAAAUGUGUUUGGUUUUGUUAUUGUUUGAAAAUUUUACUAAGGCAUUUAUUUAUUUGCUGAAAAAUGUGUAAUUAAAAUUCAUGUUACUAAAUACAUUUUAAAAAAGAGAAUUUAUUUCUUUUAUUGUUUUUUCAAGAAUAUUAAUGACAUUUUUUAAAAAAUUGUAAAGUUGUAACAUUCUUUUUAGUAUCUGUAUAUUUCAUUUCCUCUGCUUAAUGUUAUAAAGUAUACACACGUAUACUUAAAUUAGUGAACAUUCCAGUGUUGAAGGUGAUUUUUUAAUCUAUAUGUAUUAUAAUGUACCUGAGAUCAAUUGGACCAAUAUUUAAAUAUGAUCAAUUGUCAAAUUUUUCUCAGGAAUGAUGCCAAUAUGCUUUUUUUUAUUUAUUUAUUCUGUUCAUAAAUUGAGAGAUUAUCAUUUUCAAUGUUUUAUGACUUUUGUCUUAAUGUCAUUGAAAUAUAUUUUAGUAACUUUUCUUUUUUAAGUAUAUUUUAUGAGAUAGUCUUUAAUAAUAAUUCUUAUUCGAUAAACUUUACAAUUAUCAUUGUUUGGUGAUGUAUGUAAAGUUAUUUUUGUUUCAUUAAUAAUUUGGAAAGUUUGAAAUAGUAUAUAUAAUUGCUAUUGAUUUAAAUUAGUAUAUCACUUGUUAAUUGCAUUUGUUUUGAAAACAAUAUACUGAACUCUGUAUAAAGAUCUAUGAAUCAUUUAUUUUAAACUUUAUGAAUGAGUUUUAUUAUUUUUAUUCAUUGAAGUGCAGCAUUAUGUCUGUAAUGUGGAAUAUGAUAUAUUCUAAAUUUUCAAAUCCUCAGAAAACUUUUUAUAUGUAUUAAAAAAAAAAUUCAUUAUAAAAUUUUUAAAAAAUAAUUCAUUGCAACAAUUUACAGUGAAUCUAAGAACAGCAGGAACUGAACUUAGAAAACCUUUUUUACAUUGCAGUAAUAUUAAUUUUAAAUGAAAUAAAAUAUGAUUGUCUUUUAUAGAUUUAGAUAGAUUGUCUUUUGUACUUUUUAUUUUAUUUUUUGUAUUAUUUUGUUUGCAGCAUUAUACAUAUUUUCUGAAACAGAAUUAUUUUCCAGAAAAGGUUUAUUUCUUUUAAUAAUAGGUAAUUUCCUUAUUUUUUAAUUUGGAUUUUUUGAGAUUUUCUUUUUUUCAGACUAGUAGUUUCCAAUGUAAUAUUUGAUUUUCUUAUUAUUUGUGAUUUAGUGUGCUUAAUUUUUUCAAUGUUAUUUUUUCACAUUUUGAAGAAUAAAAAAUAUUACUAAUUUCAAAAUGUAAAAUAAAUUUUAAUUCUAUCAAGUUGGAAAGAGUUGUUUGAUACAAAUCUAAUACUAUUUAAAGAAUGGGAGGUUUAUUAAUGAAGAAACUCAUUCAGGCCUUAACUUUGAACCAUGUUAAGAAAAUUAAUAUGAAAAAAGUUUAAUAAUUACUGAUAUGUCAGUAUGAAUGUGCCAGAAAAAUUUUCCAUUUUAUAUGAAAAAUUUCAAAAAAUUUAAUUUAUUUUGUGAAAUAUUUAUAUUGUAUUAAAAUACAACAAUAAAGUGAAAUUUGAAAAUACAGAUUUUUAUAUAAGGCCAUGAUUUGUACUGCAAUAUUUUAAAUUGAUGUCUGCAUAUACUGAAACUUUCUAAAAAUAUAUUUUUGGCUGUUUCAUAUAAUAAUUGAAAUAUUUAAUAAUUCCUAAUUGGUGAAAAAAUGCCAGCCCAAAAGAGUUUAUAUUUUGUAAAUAAUCCACUGAACAUUCCAUUCUUAUACAAGAAUGUUUAUUAUUUGUAAUUAUGCUCAUAUAAUGUUUUCAAUUUAUGGAUUUUCUAUACUCUUUUUUCUUUUCCUUUCAUGUAAAUAUUAUCUUCUUGUACUUUAAUAAUUGAUUCAUUCUGAAAAUCACUUUAAUAAGAUAUCUAUAACAAUCUCAUUAUAUGCAUGUGCAUCAAAAAAUUUCUUUUACUAACAAGUUUAUUGUCAAAAAACUUGAAUAUUUUUUUUUCUUCCUAACUUUUUAUCUUAAUAUCUGAUAAACGCAUGCAUAAAAAAAAUGCAUGAUCUUUUAAAUCAAUUGUUGAUUUCUUAAUCUUAUUUAUUUUUGGAAAUCCAUAUUAAAAUUCUAAAAUCAGCUAAAUGCAUGAUCUUUUAAAUCAAUUGUUGAUUUCUUUAGCUUGUUCGGUUUUGGAAAUACGUGUUGAUUUCUAAGAUCAGCUUUGCUUUUUGCAUUGCUGGAAAAUCAACAUAUUUUGAUAGUAAAGAAUAAGUUAUUUAUUUUUUAAUAUAAAAAAUUCCAUUUUCUUAUACUUUAUUAAAUAGUGAAGUAUAAAUUUGUUUGAAUAUUUCGUUGUCUGAUAAUUCUUUUAUAAAUUUAAAAGCUUUUCAAAACACCAUUGCAUUUGUUUUCAUGCUUCUUUUAGCUAGAAUUGCUUUUGAAGAUCUUUAAUUAGAAUUUUAAGAAUAUAAUUUAUUUUGUGUUUUAUUUUAUUAAAUAGUUUUGCAGCUCUCUGUAUUUUCUUAACUUAGAUUUUUGUAUUAUGGAUAUAAUAAGAACCAAAAUGUAUAAAAUUUUAAAUUUAAUGUUUCUUUAUAGGUUUAAAAUACC